AUGCAAGAGGAUACAAAAGUAUUUAAGAAUCGUUAUGAGAAAUUAAGUAAAAAAUAUGAACAAAUUUGGAGCGAAAACUCAAAUAAAGAGGAAUCAUUCAAGUCAUUUUUAUAUUCAAAUAUCAAGACAAAAUAUUUUGCGGAAUUAUAUGAACGUACUAAACAAGAUUGUUUCCAAAAAAUUCUAUUUGAACUGGUACUCCAUGUCAACGAUAGACGUAUGGUAGAAGAAGAUAUUAUGGAUUUUAUCGAACAAGUUUAUCGGUGGAUUAUUUUCUCUGAUGAUUUAGUACUCAAACAGCAACAAAUGGUACAAAAAGAAAAACUGAUUGCCAAAUUUAAGAAUUAUUUGAUUGAAAUACGUUCAUCCGAUAUGAAUAUAGAUAAAGAAUCGAAUUUGAAUAAAGAGAUAACACCAGCAGUCGAUGUUCAUCGUCCAAAUUCUUCUUGGUCAAAGAUGCUGAAUAGUACUAUUGAAAAAUCCAGACACCAGAACGAAAACUUUGUUUCAACAAAUUUGAAUAGUGCACCUGCAAUGAAAAUAAAAGAGACACAUUAUGUUUGUAAAAAUGAACAAGAUUAUUCGAUUAUGAAUUCAUCAUUACAAAGUGAAAUAUUAUUUAAUGAUAAAACACGAAAUUUAUCAAUUCAAACAGAAAAAGAAGAUGAUGAAGUUGAUAGUAUUCGUUCUUACAUUACAACUACAAUCGAAAAAAAAGAAUACAUUGACAUGUAUAAUACUUCUUCUCUAAUCACAACCAAUAGUGAAGUAGAAAAUAUGAUUAUCAAUUCUAUUUCAACAGAAGAAGCAGAAGACGAAACAAAUAGUCCUAUAAAUGAUGUAUUACAUGUCAAUGACACUUCAUCAUCAAAAACAAGUUCAAAUAUAGCUGAAUUUGAUAAUUCAUCAUCGAUCGAGGAUAAAUCUACUGAAGAUGUAGAAAGAAUUAGUAAUUUAAGUGCCACAAGAACAGUAAAAGAAGAGGAUCUAUCUCAAUAUCAAAAUGGUUUUCAUUUAGUAGAUGUUGUUUCUAAUGUAUCAUUAACAGAACAGGAAAAUAAAACAAGUGAACAGAUUGAUGCUGAAACUGUUGCUAACAUCAAUGAAUCUAGUAUCCCAUCAAUAGGAAUGAGACAACAAUCUAAAACAACGGUGAAUGAUGUUAAUCGAAAAUCGUUAUUAGAUAUUAUCAAAAAAUUAGCUAAUUCAACACAUGGUCACGAAUUUAAUCGACCGGCAACCGAUUUUAGCUUGGAAAACUACGGAACAUUAAUUAAAAAGCCAAUGGAUUUAUUGACCUUGAAAAAAAAUGUGAAUAAAGGUGAUUAUGAUGGAAGUUUCUUAAAAUUUCAACGGGAUUUAAUGUUAAUAUUCAUAAAUGCUAUUUAUUAUUACACAAAUGAUUCUGCGGUGUAUACUCAUGCCAAAGAUUUAUUUGAAAUGUCUGAUAAUCUUUUGCCAAUAGGACCCGCAUAUUCUGAUGUUACUUGGUUAUCAUCAAGAACUCCAAAACGAACACGAAAUCAAUGUGAAACGAUACGAACAACAUCAACUGAACAUCGACGAGAUGUUAUCACUGCGGAGACAAACAAAACUACCAAACGAAAACGAAAGGCCACGCAACUUUAA